UUCUCAAAACUCUUUCUCUCCUCUCUUCUCUCUUCUCUGUUCUUCAACACGUCAGUCUCUUGUAUCUUGACCUCACAAGACGACAGUGUGUCGCAAUCAUCCUGAUUGUUUAUCAAACCCCGCCUUCACCCUGAUCUGAUUUCUUUACAAACUUUAUCAAGCGCCUAGAACCAUUGAUCGGUUCUUGUGAUGAUAAUCUUAUUCUCGUUUUGCGUCUUCAUCUCAUUUACUUUCUAUCCUUCUCUCGUUCUCACGUUCUCUAUUCCGGAAUCUUAUUUCACUUUUUAUGGAUUGAUAGUCUCAUGCUUCUGUCAUCAAUUGGGUCUUUCUUCAACCUACCGACUUUCGGAGCUUCAUGAUUGAGCCGGCCUUGUCCUUCCAAUUUUAUUCAAGUCCUUUAAUUCAUAUUCAGCUUUUUCAAAGACCUCCUAAUCAUUAAAAUCAAUCCCACAAGCGAUCGUCGCUCUUCAAGAAUAAGUUAGUCUAUAAAUUCCACUACAGAAGUAUGGUAAAGACUAACAACAAGCAAGUUCCUACGCAUCAGCUAUAAAAAUCGAAUACUCUUCCACACAAAGUCAAAAUGAACUUCGCAUGCUGGACCUGUGAUGAGACCUUUACAUCCAAGCGGGAGAUGAUUUGGCAUUGCCAACAAUAUGGACAUACUCGAGCCUGGGUCUGCGAACAUUGCGACAAGCCAUUUGGCAGCGGGCGCUCCCGAGAACAGCAUAUAGAAGACAAACACGAGUUCUGGUGUUUUUCAUGCCAAGAAGUCUUCAGUACUGAGGAUGAUCUAGAUCUCCAUAAUAUCACCCAGCACUAUUUCCCAUGUGGAUUUGGCUGCGACAGAUCCUUCAAUUCUACCCAAGCCCGUGAUCAACAUAUUAACGACGUGCACAACUACCGCUGCUACGACUGCGAUCAAAAAUUCAUGUCUAAGCAGGCCGUCGAGCAACAUGAGGCUGCUUACCACGACUUUCAAUGCAAACCGUGUGACAGAGAAUUUAGAUCACAGUCUGCACUGGAACAACACGUGAACUCUUCGGCUCAUCCAUAUCGCUGCUCAAAGUGUAACAAAUCAUUCCCAUUCAGUAAUGAUCUUCAGCAGCACAUUGCAGCGAAUCAUACUUGGAAAUGUGAUCAGUGCUAUCUCACUUUUGAUGGCCCAAAUCAUCUUAAUCUACACAAAAAGUCGGAACAUCAAGUCAUCAAGUGUCUCAACUGCCCUGCCAAGUUCGAUCAGUCCGCCGAGUUGCAGUCACAUAAGGCGCAGCAGCAUUCGCUCCAAUGCAGGUACUGCACCGCUUUGCCAUUCGAAACCUUUAGCCUCCUCGAGCAACACACAGAGUCUUCUCACAGCCUCAAAUGUACCGCAUGUCCAAAACGAUUUGCGUAUGAGGCUGUUCGAAACAAGCAUUUUGAAGAAGCACACAUCCAUAUAUGUAAAUUAUGUGGUAGUAAAUUCAACAGUUUAGCUCAUUUGAAUCAUCAUUGCCUCUCUCACCAUGUCGCAUGUUCAUCCUGCAAGGAAAUAUUUGAAAAUAUUGCUGCAUGCGAACUGCACUACACAAAGGCGCAUAGACUCUGUUGUCCAAAGUGCCCAAAGACGUUUAAUAAUGUGGAUGAGGUACUGCAACAUGCUCCGGAACAUAUGAAGCCGGUAGUACCAGCAGACGCCGAAUCUUUGAUACAGGCGGAUUUUGAGAAAACUGCGUUGAAUCGCCACAACCUCAAAUAUGGCCAGAACACCUGUAACCGAUGUGGUGCUAUGUUUUUUAAGCGACUCGACUUACAGAAUCACUUGGCAAAUGAUCAUGGUCUUCAGCUAAAAUGCUUGAGGCCGGAUUGUGAUCACAUUUCUACAACUUCUAACGCAUGUACACGACAUUUCCUCUCCUGCAAUAUGGUAAAAUGCGAAAAUUGCGAAGGAUACUUCGACAAGGAUAAAGAUCCUGAACUCAAAGCACAUAUAGCUAAGAUUCACACUCCAAACCCAAUUUUCGGCUGCGUUCAAUGUACUCGAACAUUUGAAUCGUCAGAUGCCGUUGCACAGCACUAUUCAGCUGAGCAUGCAUUCAUAUGUGAAGCUUGUCCUGGGACUUUCUUCAUCAACUCCGCUACCCGGGAAAGACAUUUUGCUACAUGUGGCAAUUUAUCAGAGACGUCAGAUUCUGGUGAAAGUUUUCAAACAUCACGAACUGAAUUUUCUCCAUUCAUGAAAGGAAGUGUAGUACCACCCAAGUCCACCAAAAUAUCUUCACCACCAAAUCAACCACUUGUACGAAUCCACGAAGAGUUUAACAUCUCGAAAAUGAAUGCUAUAGAAAACCUCGCCCAAAAAAUCCUCGACGAGGCAAACGCACAACAAAAACCCACAUACCAAUGUCCAAAGUGCGAUAUCCCGCUUCUGGAAUUUGAAGACGAUGAAUAUGAAUUAUGAAACUUUACUAUUUCAUGGACUACCAUAAUUGAUGUGUCAUGAGUAUGAUUUAUAUUUCAAAAAAUCCUGUUCUUCUGUCACGUUUAAGUACCGUCUAAAGUUCAUAGGUCCUCAGUAUAAUCCAAUUGAUUGGGCCCUCUGAACUUACUGCUUGAAUAAAUGGGUUCUUGUCGUUUUUACACAUGUGCAGUCAAGGCGGCUGGGAAAAUCUAGGAAGAUUUGAUAUCUCUCAAAAACGGGAGGUUGUGGGCUAUGAUGUAUAUAUGUAUGGUAUAAAGAGCAGCGUUCAUUUCAGGGAUUUGUCAAGAUGAUUAAUUCUGCGGAGGCUGGUAUAAUGUGGAGCAAGAGAUUUAUUCGCUCAUGAUGUUGUUCAUCUUUUUUUUGGUUGAGUAAGGCAUCACUGUUAUAUAUACCUGUAUAAUAAAACCAUCAUAUUUACAAAUUGUAAGAUCUUAGAAGCUAGGGCAUACAGGGCGAGAGAGUGAGAGGGUGGAGGGAAGAGGGAAGAGAGGUAGUUACAUCGUUCGUAUACAAGAAAUGUAUCGAGUAUUUAAGAUAAUUUAGUUUUUUAAUUCUCAAAAUUCUUUUAAUGGAAAUAAAAAAUUUCAAAUAAUAUAUAA